AAAUGUAGCAAAGAGAAGUACAGUAGUAAGAGUAAGCUCGGAGGUGCCGCCGGGCCGAGGGGGGGGGCGCGCCGGCGACAGGGACGCCGACCCCGGUUCACGAUUGCAGGGGACCCUCCCCCCGUUCCUCCCGUCCAUCAAAGUGGAGGAGGCGCCCAAGGAACCGCCCAGGGGUCUCGGUCCACGUUCUCCCCGCCACCCCACCUCCACCAGGAAGCUGGGCUCUAUGGGGCGGGACCCCGAGAGACCCUGAGCCAGGAGCUGGAGUCAGCCUCGAACCCCCGGAUCCUCGAGCCAGGGGCGCCCCGGGAACACCCACCCGAGGGCGCACCGCCCGCCCUGCGCGCAGCCAUGAGUGAGGUGGUCGUUUGUUCCAGCCGGGCCACCGUGAUGCUUUAUGAUGAUGGUAACAAGCGCUGGCUCCCAGCUGGCCCGGGCCCGCAGGCCUUCAGCCGCGUCCAGAUCUACCACAACCCCACCGCCAACUCCUUCCGCGUCGUGGGCCGCAAGAUGCAGCCGGACCAGCAGGUGGUUAUCAACUGCGCCAUCGUCCGGGGUGUCAAAUACAACCAGGCCACCCCCAACUUCCAUCAGUGGCGUGAUGCCCGCCAGGUGUGGGGCCUCAACUUCGGCAGCAAAGAGGAUGCAGCCCAGUUUGCUGCGGGCAUGGCCAGCGCCCUAGAGGCCUUGGAAGGAGGUGGUCCUCCCCUAGUCCCAGCGCCGCCCGCUUGGCCUGCCCAGAAUGGCCCUUCCCCGGCGGAGGAGGCGGAGCAGCAGAAAAGGCCGCAGCCCAGCCAGCCAGAACACCUGGAGCGCCGGGUCUCUAAUGCAGGAGGCCCACCUGCUCCCCCAGCUGGGGGGCCACCCCCACCUCCGGGACCUCCCCCUCCUCCGGGCCCCCCUCCACCCCCAGGUCUGCCCCCUUCAGGGGUCUCGGCUGCGGGGCAUGGGGCAGGGGGAGGCCCACCUCCUGCACCCCCUCUCCCUACAGCACAGGGUCCCGUUGGUGGGGGGUCUGGGGCCCCAGGCCUGGCCGCGGCCAUUGCUGGAGCGAAACUGAGGAGAGUGAGCAAGCAGGAGGAUGCCUCUGGGGGACCCGUAGCCCCCAAAGCUGACAGCAAUCGAAGCACUGGUGGUGGGCUCAUGGAAGAGAUGAACGCCAUGCUGGCCCGAAGAAGAAAAGCCACACAGGUUGGAGAGAAGCCCUCCAAGGACGAAUCUGCCAGUCAGGAGGAGCCAGAGGCCCGAGUCCCUGCUCAGAGUGAACCUGUGCGGAGACCCUGGGAGAAGAACAGCACAACCUUGCCAAGGAUGAAGUCGUCCUCUUCCGUGACUACCUCUGCCGAGGCCCACUCCUCUACACCAAGCUCCAGCGAGGAGUCUGACCUGGAGAGGGUGAAGCAGGAGCUUCUAGAAGAGGUGAGGAAGGAACUGCGGAAAAUGAAAGAGGAAAUAAUUGAAGCCUUUGUCCAGGAGCUGAGGAAGCGGGGUUCCCCCUGACCACAGGGACCCCUGAACACCUUCCAAUUUCUCCUUUCUGCACAUCCCGCCUGCUUCCCCUGCCUCUACUUGAUGUGGAAUUGGCUGAAGGCUACACAGGAAUGCGUUGUCUCCCCUCCCACUUGGAAAACUCCAAGGGAGUGUGGCUCCCCUGGCACUGUGCCCACACCCAUACUGGCUGCUGAUUGGGGAGGCCCCAUCCCUUUUCUCCCUUUGGUCCUUCCCCCUACCAUCCCCUUGGGGCUGGUUCCUUCGCUGGGGAUGUACCAAGUUACCCCACAGUGAUGGGGAAGGAAGGAGGGAAUGUCACAUUCCCUUGUUCUAGAUUCACUUUAAAGCUUAAUGCCUUGGAUUUUUUUUUAAGAAAAAAAAAUUAUAUAUAUAUAUAUAUAUAUUUAGGUUUUUGGGGGGGAAGAAUUUUUUUUCUCUUUGGUUUUGAUAAAAUAGGGUGUGGGAGUUUUUAGAUACUAUAGCCCCAGGCUUUCUCGUUAGGGGCAGCUAUUUAAGAGGGUAGAUGUCCCACCAGGUUGGGGAGGGGCGUUUCCCAACCCUAUGGACUAUCCUUCUCCCUUUACCCUUUUCUAUGAGGAAUUAAGAUGCUGUAACUUUUUUGAAACCUCAGUUUUUUCGGUUUUUAUUGGGUGGGAUACAGGGUCCAGAUCAUUUUUGCUCUCCCCUUACCCCACCCCCCGCAGAGAUCAAGUGAGGGGUGGGGAGGAGAAAGGGAGGAAACUGUCCCUCCGCCUUAGCUUCCCAAAAAGGACUCUUGCUGAAUAAAUCUGCCCUUUUUAUAAGUGCAAA